UCACUCACCAGUAGCAAACUACAUAUAUGACAGUACUGUAAUUCCUACAUACUUUCGUUUCAGUAAUUGUUGCAUUUUUGCGGGAAGGAAUAUUGGAAAGCAACCAUGGAUGUUGAUUCACAGCCAACUAUGGAUGAAACAAUUUUGGUUGGUGAUGAUCUAAUGAUGGGUCCUCCAUCACCUACAGUACCACCAGAAAUUGCCUCCCAUGUGCUUCAUGGUGUUGAUUUGUGUGAUGGAAUUCUCAGAAAUAUGUUUUUGUGCUUGCAAAUCAAUGACAUUGAACCAUUCUGUCAAGAUGAGAUUGCUCUGUAUAAACAAUGUGCUGAAAGAAGGAAAAACAAAUUGCAGGACAAGGAGAUAAGGAAGCGGCUUGAAGAUAGUGAAUUUAAAUUGGGUUCAUCAAUGCCUUUAAAUGAAGCCAAGGAUAGGGCUUCCCAGCUUGAGGCAGAAGUUACAUCAUUGGAGAGGCGCCUGAUUCUUGCUAGUGGAGUUGAGGGCAUGGAAGGUUUCCGCCAAAGAUGGAGCUUGCAUGGCCGCCUUACUGAUUCCAAAAAAAGGUUGCAGUUCUUGAAGCAAGGCAUAGAUAACAGAAAUAGAGGAUGAGUCAAUUGGGGGAUCAGCUACGCAAAGUUAGUUCUCGAGGUGCUGGUUGACCGUCAGGGUUUGCACCUGGUUAUGUGCCCCCUCCCAGUUGUGAUAACUUUCUUGUAGUGAUAAAUUUGUUACAUUAUUUAGAGGGAUCUUAGAAUAGUAUUAUAAAUAUUUGUUGGGGUUUAGAAAUGAAUUAUUUUAGUUUUUAAUUCAUUUAUGUUGGAGAUAAGAACUUUAAACCUCCCAAUUUCAAAAUUUCCAUCAUUUGAAAUUGAUCUUGCCUGAUGGGGAUGAGGAAAAUUUUUGCAUAGCUUUGAGAAUUAUGUAGUUGCAAAUUUUUGUGUAUACAUGUCAAGCCA